AUGGAUAUCCCACCGCAGCAUGGAUGGAACGUAAACGAAGGUCAAUACGCCUUGAAGUUCCGAGACACAGUCGAGGAUCUUCCUGGCGAUCUCGAGGUAUUGACCACCUCCAUUGCGAAGGCCACAGAUUGGAUUCUGCGGGCCGCGCACCAUAAUCCACUCACCAUUGAUGGGGGCGAUGCUUUCGUGGCCCAGAUGACAUCCUUCGUGAACGCCGUCAUGGCCACUGACUUCAGUCGUAUUCGCGGUCCAGACGAACUCGACAGCUUCUCGCUCACCUCUCUCCUCGAGGCCGAGAUGUCUUCCAAGGACGAGCCAACCAUCCACCCGGCUCCCGUUUUCAGGCCUCCCCCUCCUGCAGCCCAUGGGCCGCUCGAUGAGGGUGUCGUUGGUGUAGGGGCUCCACCCGACGUCCUCAUGCAGGCUUUGGACAACCUUGGUCGCCUGGCCUCCCCACCUCGCAUCCCCGCUUCCAAGAAGCAUAAGGGUGUUGAUCGUCCGGUCCCACCUCCUCCUCAGAAGAAGAGCAAGGUGGCCUACUCUUGCCCUGGUCCGCCUCCGCUGAUCAAUCACCCAAGCCCCCCAGCGGGCAGGGAUCACACGACAGGCCGCUCCGAUGCCUCCCCCGCCUCCUGGCUUGGGACUGCAGCGUCGCGGGCCCUCUCCUCCUCUCCCCACAUUCCCGACGGGUCCGAUGAAGACAUCUCCUCAUUGGUCCAUCCCUUCCUUCACUUCCGAGGGCCCUACCCGGAGGCAACGUUCUCGGACGCGUGGUUUGCCCACUCGACCGAGUCCAAACCUACCAAGCGCUCCAAGUCCUGGUGGACGGACGAGUGCUCGGAGACUUUCGGAGUAUAUCAGUUGAGCCGCUCGCUCGCUGACUACAACAAGUUUAAGAAGGCGUUCUUAGAUGAGCUUCCUGAUGAGCCAGUCCGUGAGUGGGCUGACUUUUCGGAGCAUGAGUUGUUGAGUGCCCUUAAGGGGUGCUCCAAUUCCUCUGCACCAGGCCCGGACCACGUCACAUGGGUCCACCUAAAGGAGCUGCUCAAGGAUAAACACGUCCUUGCGCUCUUCAUCGUGUUGGCCAAUGCUUGCCUUCGGGUGGGUCAUUGGCCACGUAUAUUCAAGGAGUCGCUAUCGGUUAUCGUUCCGAAGCCGAACAAGCCCUCCUACUCCGUGCCGAAGGCCUUCAGGCCAAUCGAUACAGUUUGA